AUUGUGCCUCAAUAAUAUUCUCUUAUUUUUUUUCUUACUUUUCUAUAAUUGAUCAAAGUUAAUAGAUUCUAGUUUGAAAUUUUUAACUUCUGCUAGUAGUUUGGGUAACUUAGAGUAUCAUGAUUCAUGACAUUUCCAGUUGUAACGGAUGCGAGUUAGCUAAAUUUUGAAUAAAAAAUUCUACUAUCUCUUUUGCACUGUUUGAUCUAGUUUUAUUCUGAUGUAUGGGAACCAACUUAGUUAUGAUUCGAUAUGAACUUUUGGCAGCACCUCUUUUUGCAAGUGUAUGAUUCGAUAUGAACUUUUGGACUAUUGAUAGAAUCUAGUGUUUAGUGCUUCUUGAAAUUUGAUCUUUUAAUCCUCUAAGGUUUACCCCCUGUGCUGUUUAUAUUUUGAUAAUGAGAACAAACCUCUCACUCUCUUUCUUGUACUUUUGGUAGGUGUAUGAGGACAAGAAGAGACAGUCCUGAUGCCGCACUUUGGAGAUUAGCUGUUGAAGGCUUCAACCGCAUUAUUGUUGAUGAUACUUGCAAAUUAGCAGCGAACUAUGGCAUAGAUCCUAGUAUUAGUAGACUUGCAAGAAUACGUAUUUGGAAAGAAAUUGCAGAUGUUUACGAAAUAUUCCUAGUAGGCUACUGCGGCCGUGCUCUACCUUCUAAUUCUCUCUCAGCGUUGGAACUUAAGGCUGAUGAGUCUCUUGAGAUGAGUAUUCUAGACAUUCUCGGUGACAAGAUUCUCAAGUCCCAGAUUGAUGCGCCUCUUGAUAUUCUGCAACGACUAGUUACCACCCUUGACCGCUGUGCAUCAAGGACAUGCUCUUUGCCUAUUGAGACCGUGGAGCUUAUGCCUUCACACUGUAGCAGAUUCUCCUUGACUUGCUUGCAUAAGUUAUUUUCCUUGAGCAGUUUCAGCAAUGAAGAUGGUGAUUGGAAUAUGACCAGAUCUGAAGUUAGCAAAACCUCAACCAUGAUACUAGUGAGCAGAUGUGAAUAUAUAUUAAAGAAAUUUUUAUCCGAUGAGAUUGACUUAGGUGCGCGACUUCACCAAUUUAAUGGUAAUUCUGAUCCAACUCUAUAUGCAGGUGAAUGUCCAUUACCACCAGCAAGAGUGGAAGAAAUUAUUUUUGUCCUCCAAGAGCUAGCGCAUCUUGUAAUUCAUUUGGACACAGCAUCGGUUCUUCCUUUGCAUCCUCACUUAAUGGGAGGUAUUUUAGAGGAGAAUCGGGGACGGCGUUCACAUUUGCUUGUUUUAUUUCCAUCCUUUUGUGAGCUUGUUAUAUCAAGGAUAGUUUUCUUGUCUUGUGAACCUUUGCUUGUGUAUGCAGAGAAGCUAGAGUUAGAGGGCUGGUGCAAGUAUUACUUAUACUCAUCUCUAAAGAACUGGGACUGCAGAAGCUUAGCCUAG